GAGUUUCCAACGGUGACCAGACCACGAGUCCGUCGCGUUCUCUGCAAGCCGCUCUUCCUCUUCUUCUUCUCCCGAUCGCAACUCCGGGCGCCGCACGACGGCGUAGCGAUCAACCGAUCGAAUCGAUCCGGGGUUUGGCAAUGUACGGCGCGAUGAAGGAGCAGGCGGUGGCGCUGGUGCGGCAGGCGGUGCAGGAGGACGACGCGGGCGACUACGCGGCGGCGCUGCAGCACUACGUGCACGCGCUCGACUACUUCGCGGCGCACCUCAGGUACGAGCGCAACCCCAAGGUGCGCGACGCCAUCGCCGCCAGGCUCCCGGGCUACGUCGCCCGCGCCGAGGAGAUCCGCGCGCUCCUCGACGGCCAGGCCGGGCGCGGCGGCGAGGGCGUGGCGGCGGAGGCCUGCGGGAAGGGUGGCCAGAGGAAGAAGGACGGCGGCGCGGACGGCGAGGACGACGAGCGCGGCGCCGAGAGGGCCAAGCUCCGCGCGGGGCUCCACUCGGCGAUCGUCUCCGAGAAGCCCAACGUCAGGUGGGACGACGUCGCCGGGCUCGACGGCGCCAAGCAGGCGCUGCAGGAGGCCGUCGUGCUCCCCGUCAAGUACCCGCAGUUCUUCACCGGUAAAAGGAGGCCGUGGAGGGCGUUCCUCCUGUACGGGCCGCCGGGGACGGGCAAGUCCUACUUGGCCAAAGCCGUCGCGACUGAGGCCGACUCCACCUUCUUCAGUAUAUCUUCAUCGGAUCUUCUUUCCAAGUGGAUGGGAGAAAGCGAAAAGCUGGUCGCGAACCUGUUCGAAAUGGCUCGUGAAAAUGCACCUUCCAUCAUCUUCAUAGAUGAAAUCGAUUCUUUGUGUGGCCAACGUGGAGCACUACAGGAAUGGCGACGUACGCCGAGGGUCGUGGCAUACGCCGACGGCCGGGCGGCACGGCCAGCCAGCGAGUCUCACCCUCGGCGUAUCGUUGUCGUCGGCGUAGCGAAGUCUACGCCGAGGGCAGCCCUCGGUAUAUGUUUGGCCCUAGGCGUAGACAGGGCUACGCCGACGGCUAUUUGUCUAAUUUGUCUAAUUUUGUAAAAAUCAUAACUAAUUCAUAUGAUGUCAGAAAAAUGCGUAUAAGGUAUCAAAAUGUUCAGAAAAACAUCCUCUAUCUGUUUAUGUCAAAAUAAUGCAUAUUUGAAUCAUGUAUAUCAUGUUAAUAUAGUAACAAUUCAAACACUUUCUUAUAUGUCAUCGGGUUCCCGUUUUGGCCAGAUGGCAAUUUAAACGAAGUCAGAAAAUCCCGCGAAGCCGCAUGGCGUCAUUUUAUGUGUCCUAGUAACCACUCCAAAAGACGGAAUUGGGAUACGGCAGUUAUUUUGGAACACCCUUCACAAAUAGGGCUAUCAAGUCCGGAGUUCUAUGACUUUUAGGGGAAAUGAGUAGGAAACGGUUCGUGACACCGCAUAGUUUGUCGGAACGAGGCCAUAUUUGGCACGUGCGUGGUCCCUGGGAUGGGAAGCAAUGCCCCGGAAGCGGAUUUCCAAUCCGACCCAUGGCCGAUGGGUUUUUCAUUUUCGGGGUGCCAAAACGGUUUUUUUUUGUGAACCAGCUACAUGAGGCGUAUUUUUGUAUGGCGCGAGACCUCCGCGUAGUAGUAGGACACCGCCUCCGCACCACAUAUCACAUGUCAUAUGUGCGUGCUAGCUAUCUGGGAAUCCCUGCGGCUGGAAAGUGAACGGAUUUGAACUAGGGGUACACUUUCCGUCGCUCAAUAAAUUCCGCGAAAAAUGUUUUUAGGUCUAUAACACAUCACUUUAUGUGCUAAUUUUUUUCCGUUUAGCAUGUUGGCGAACGGUGCACCAGC